AUGUUACACGACGUUAACGAGUCACAAGGUCUUUUAGACAAAAAAAUAAUUGAAGAACUAUGUGAAUUGCAUGAAAAAGAAUUAUUCAAAGGAUGUUAUGAUUUUGAAUUUAUUAAUUCAAUAGAAAGUUAUUUGGAAAAAAAUCAAUUAAAAAGUUUUCAUAAUAGUUUACAUGCAUUUUAUGGUUAA